AUGUUCCGCCUCAGCUCCUCCCUCUGUCCCUUUUGCGCCGCCAGGGCAUUGGCUCCUCCCACAAGCACACCAUGGCAAGCGUCUCGGAAUGCCGCAACAUUGCAGAAGCGCAAGCCAUCGCGCAUGGUCUUGUCGCCCAGCGUCAAGCGAGGCCCUGUCAAACCCAGUUCGUCCGGCAGACCUGCGCAACGAAGUCGCAACAGUCCAUGGGGUGGAUUGAACAUGACCGUUGUACCUCGAGACCUUCAUAGCACCAAGAACCAGCUCCCUGCGGCCGAACAGAGACGAUCGAAUCGCUUUUCCAAGGAUGCAGGCAAACCAGCAAAGACGAAGGAGCCGAUGAAGGCGCUCAAGAUGCAGCAACGGCUGACGAAUGUGUCGUAUGAAAGACGUGGACGGGUGAAGGAGGCAAUCUUGCAGAGGACCAGCUUCGACGAAUUCGAUCUACUGCCCGUCAUUAAAGACUCCAUUGCCACGCAAGCACUGGGUGGCAUGGUUGAUGUCUCCCCCACUCCAGUCCAGCGACUAGCAAUCCCCGCCCUCCUCGAUUCCGAGGGCCCAAGAAACCCGAAAUUCCGAAGAAAAGAGCAAGGAGGCAAGAAGGAGAUGCGCGAGUUUCUGCUCGCCGCCGAGACCGGCUCCGGCAAGACGUUGGCAUAUGUGCUUCCCGUCAUCGAUGCUAUCAAGCGCGCAGAGUUUGCCGAGCAGGUGAGGGACAGUCAAGAGAUGGAUGAAUCGAGGGCAACGAGGCCUAGGAACAAACUGUUUGACAUCGACCCUCCCACCGACGGCCAGCCCGAUCCCUCCACUGGCCGCCCUCGCGCCAUCAUCCUUGUCCCCACGGCCGAGCUUGUGGAGCAAGUAGGCCAUCUGGUCAAGUCCUUCGCUCACACCGUGAAGUACCGCUCCACAUCUAUCAGCGCCGACUACACUGGCCGAAUGAUACGUAGUCGAUUGUUCUCCGCGGCGGGCAUCGACAUCGUCGUCUCCACCCCACACCUCCUCAGCAGCAUUACAGAAAGCGAGCCCAACAUCCUCUCGCGCGUCACACAUCUCGUCAUCGACGAAGCCGACAGUCUUCUAGAUCGCUCCUUCUCCCCCAUCACCUCCUCCAUCAUCGACCGUGCCACCCCUUCACUUCAACAACUCAUCCUGUGCUCCGCUACGAUUCCUCGGAGCCUUGACUCCUACCUCCACAAACGUUUUCCGAACAUUCGCCGCCUCGUCACCCCAAAUCUCCACGCCAUCCCGCGACGAGUGCAGCUGAGCGUGGUGGAUAUUGACAAGAUCCCCUACCAAGGCAACCGAGAUUUGGCAUGCGCGCAGGUGAUAUGGGACAUUGGGAAAGAGGUGGCAGAGGAAGGCGAGGAGCGAGAGAAGAAAGUCCUCGUCUUCGUGAACGAGCGGGAAAAGACAACAGAGCUGGCGGAGUAUCUUCAAAAGAAGGGCAUCGAGGCCGUGGCGUUGUCGCGGGAUAGUGCAGAGAGGAAGAACAACGACAUGCUGGCCUCCUUUACCAGCGCCACAACCGCACCAUCUACCACCUCCACCAAAAACCUGCUUUCCUCAACCGCUACAUCAACCUUCCACCCAGCAAUAUCGCCAGCAGAUCUCGCCGACUCUUCUACAGAGCCCUCUAUACCUGCCGGACGCACUCUACCUAACACAAAGGUCCUCAUCACCACCGACAUCUCCUCGCGAGGCAUUGACACCCUUCCCCUGCGCCACGUCCUCCUCUACGAUGUCCCGCACACCAGUAUCGACUUCAUUCAUCGCCUGGGCAGGGUGGGGCGGAUGAAUCGGCGAGGCCGAGGGAUCGUGUUGGUGGGCAAGAAGGAUCGGAAGGAUGUGGUGAGGGAGGUGCGGGACGGGAUGUUCAAGGGUGCUGCGUUGAUAUGA